GUGAAUAUGAUGAGGAUAUUGAUAUUUUUAUUAGUCAAUUAUCAUCAUAUUUAGCUAGCACUAGUAUAGACCCAGUUGCCAAUCAGGAUCAAGCAUUUGGUAUUCUUAGAGGGUGUCUACAUGGGCGAGUAUUAGAAUGGUUUGAUCAAAAAAUUCUUGGUAAACGAUGGGAACUUCACAAUAUUUUUGCAAAUCAUGGCCAGGCUGGUAUGGGUGCUCUUCGAGGACACACUAUAGCACAGAUGAAUACUAGUAAUAGCUUUAGAAAUCCUUUAAUUGCCCAUGACUAUGCAAAUACUGCUAGUAAUAAUGCAGUAACC